UUUUGUUGUUGUUUUUUUUAAUGUAGAGAUGGAUGGAGAUGACUGCAGUUUUCCUCCAGAUUCAUUGGAUGGCCAGUCACAAAGAGGAAGUGUGGCUUCCUCUGCAACACUAACCCGAGUUCAAGAUGUGAUUAUCUAUUUAUUUGGAGAGAGUGCAAUCCACCUCACUCUGGAAGGACUAGGCAAUGUUAAUGUUCAGGAGCUAGGCCGAAAUGUUCGCGAGGCUCUUCAUAUCCCUGACUCUGUACAGGAUGCAUUUACUUUCUGGUUGUGUUCUCCACUGCUUGAAUUGCAGUUAAAGGUGAGACAUCAGCCGUACAAACUGUGUCGGCAGUGGCAGGAUCUGCUGUAUCGUUUCACUGAUGCCUCAGAGGAGGACAUAUCACUUGAUGAACCAUGUCUCCAAUACAGACGGAAUGUGUUUUAUCCAAAAUCCAAAGAGCAGCAGGUGGAUGUUGAAGUUGUGCUAAAACUUCUGUACGAAGAGGCCAAGGACAACAUCCUCACGGGACGUUAUCCCUGUGAUCCCGAGCACUGGAUGACUCUUGGAGCCUUGUCUUUUGCGCUGGACAAGGGAACAGGUCUGGACAGCCAGCAGUUUACAUCAACUUUAAGAGAGAAGAAGCUCUCCUCUUAUUUGCCUGCGCAUGUUGUCAUGGGGAGUGGAGGGCUGCUCUCCACUCUGAGAGGGAAGUCAAGUCGUCAUGCGGAGCUGGAGCAGAACCUGUUGGCAGAGUACAGAAAGAUCAGCACAGCUGCUGCAAGCCAUGAACGCGCACAGCUCCUACACCAGUACCUCAGCACAUGUCACUCUCUACCUUAUUACGGGUGUGCAUUCUUUUUCGGUGAAAUUGACAAACCAGUGCAAGGUAUCCUUCAAAGGGGAAAGCGUAAAGCUGUAAAUAUCGGUAUAUCUCUGGAGGGAGUUUAUGUGAUGGACGUCAAGGAGAAGCAUGUGCUUCUCGGCCUGCGUUUUAGUGAGCUCUCGUGGGACCACAGCUACCCCGAGGAGGAGGUGGAUUCACACAUUCUAUGGUUGGAGUUUGAUGGAGAGGAAGAUGGCACACCAGUCAACAAAUUACUAAAAAUCUACUCCAAACAAGCAGAGCUUAUGAGUGGCUUCAUUGAGUUCUGCGUGGAACUGAAGUCUUCAUCUGAGGAAGGAGCUACUCUGGAAACAGACGGUGAAGCCAGUCUCUCUCAGCAGCAAGGCGGAGGCAAGAACGGGCGCGGGGGCCGACGUGGGAGGCUGCGCAGGCAAAGCAGUGUUGUGUGUAGCCGCGUCCAUUCACUGAACACCAUCAGCUAUGUGGACACUGGAAAAGAAAUCAAGCGCUUGAAGCCCAAACGAGCUGCUUCCUUCUUCAGUCGACAGCCGUCUGCAGUGCCGGCGUACUCAGCUGUGCAAGUAGCAGAGAGUCUCGAACAGGGCUGAGCCCAGUCGUCCGCCAUGUUCUGCUCUCAAGACCAAACGUGAAAAACUUUACACCGAGUUCAGACAAAAGACUUGACGCAAGCUCAAAUCAUUUAAUGACAAUAUAUCAAAAAAAAUCUGAGGACCAAUUGCACGCGCCAAUAUUUAACCUUUGACGUUUUGUAUAUCGGUAGGUACAACAAUGUGAAAAGUAACUGGGUCCGUUAACGCUUAUACUUCGAGAUUAAACUGCAGUGGUUCUUCAUUCGAUGAUCUUAGACCAAAAAAAAAACAAAAACUCUGAGCAUGACUUCCUUUGUAAGUCCUUAGAGAAA